CUUUUGUUUCUGCUGCUUGCUCCUCGUGGGCUUCAUCCUUCCUUUCUCUCGCUCUUUCAAUUCCCACCACCUCAGUAAGGGUCCACACGCGACAUGGAGAAAUCAGGCGCCGAUGUCGAGUCAGGCCAGCCUGGCCAGGGGCCUAAUACCAUUUCGCACUGGAAAAUGUUGCUCGACCAAGGUGUUGUGACACCGCAGAUGCUGAACUACGACUGGGAGGGUAGUGGUACAGAAGAGGAUCCGUAUGUGGUUGUUUGGAUGGAGGAUGACCCAAGGAAUCCUAUGAGAUGGCAACCUCUGAAGAAGUGGAUAAGUUGUCUGGUCAUGGCAUUUGCAACACUCGCGGUGUCUUUCUGUUCUUCCGCAUUUUCUGGAGGUAUCGGAGAGCUCAUAAGAGAGUUCAACUCCAGCCAAGAAGUAAUCACUCUCGGCCUCUCGUUCUUCGUUCUCGGAUUCGCUCUUGGUCCACUUCUCUGGGCUCCUCUCAGCGAACUCUACGGCCGCCAGACCACAUUCUUCGUCACUUUCAUGGCCUUCGCUGCUUUCAACGCAGGAUGUGCUGGAGCGCAAAAUACUUGGACCAUUUUGAUAUUAAGGUUCUUCGGAGGUUCAUUCGGAAGCAGCCCCCUCACAAAUGCGGGCGGAGUCGUGGCGGAUUUGUUCAACGCAAAGGAACGAGGGCUCGCCAUGAGCUUGUUUAGUCUUGCGCCAUUCAUGGGACCUGUCUUAGGUCCUCUCGUUGGUGGCUUCCUGGGUAUGACGGAAGGCUGGAGAUGGGUUGAAGGUCUCAUGGCAAUCUUCUCUGGAAUUAUUUGGAUUGGAGGAAUUAUGCUAGUUCCUGAGACCUAUCCUCCAGUAUUGUUGAGGAAGCGGGCGCAAAGGCUGUCGAAGAUCACUGGCAAGGUGUACAAGUCAAGGGGUGAUAUUGAUCAAGGCACUAUCACGGCUUCCGAGGCAUUCUCCACCGGCUUGAAACGACCGUGGAUCCUUUUGUUCCGCGAGCCUAUCGUCCUUCUCCUCUCUGUAUACAUGGCUAUCAUCUAUGGCACGCUUUAUAUGCUCUUUGGCGCCUAUCCAAUCGUUUAUCAGCAGGACCGCGGCUGGAGCGAAGGUAUUGGCGGUCUGCCAUUUGUUGGCGUUGCAGUCGGCAUGGUACUCGCACUAGUAUACUCUAUCUUCUACGACGACCGACGAUACCAAAAGUGCGCAGUGAAAGGCGGCGGGUUUGCUACCCCGGAGGAUCGUCUGCCGCCUGUUAUGGUUGCUGGCUGCGUCUUACCCAUUGGACUCUUCUGGUUCGCCUGGACCAAUUACCCAUCAUUCCCCUGGGCAGCCAGCGUAUGCGCAGGCAUUCCCUUCGGAUUCGGCAUGGUUUUGGUCUUCCUCGGCGUCAUGAAUUACCUCAUCGACGCUUACACGAUAUUCGCGGCCUCCGUUCUGGCCGCAAACUCGGUCCUUCGGUCACUUUUCGGUGCAGCCUUCCCCCUAUUCACCACCCAGAUGUACCGUAACCUGGGAAUUCACUGGGCCUCUUCCAUCCCGGCAUUCUUGGCACUCAUGUGCCUACCCUUCCCUUUUCUCUUCUAUAAGUACGGAGGUCCGAUCAGGUUGCGCUGUAAAUAUGCCGCGCAGGCAGAUGCCUUCAUGAAGAAGAUGCGUGGCCAGGUCCCUGCUUCGAACGAUGUCUCUGACCGCGAAGAUGAGGACGAGCGCGGCGAGAAGGACAUCGAGAAGCACAUUGAGAAGGAAGAAGACGCCGAGCAGCAGGCGGUGGACUAUUCGUGGGAAGAGGAGGCGGAGCCACAUUUCGAGAGAAUUAAGACGGCGCAUUCCGCGCGGAGUCACAGACCAGAGGAGAUCAACGACAACCCGUACGCUAUCGAUCGCGUUCAUACAAGGGAGAGCUUUAGGAGUGGUCAUUCGAAGCCAGAAGGAUCGAGGGCGAGGUCGAGAUCGUUCACCAGGGUUCAUAGCAAGAGUAAGAAGUAGAGGGGUGGUAAUUUGGGCUUUGCAUAGGGAGGAGCAUUAGGAUGGAUUGGCUCUUUCGGUAUGCGUUCAAGCGUUUCAUAUGGAUCUAGGACCGGACUUGUGGGG